CCGCAACAAAUUUGUCCUUUGGUCCCACAAAACCAACAAAAAGGGCCAUUGUGUAGACAAAGGAAUUGUCGGGUAAGUUAUUCUCAAAGUGUUUAUGAAUGGAUAUAGGAAUCAGGUUCUUAUUGGAUUUGUAACCACUUCUCCUCUAUCAUCAUCCCCACUCCUACUCGACGACGCGCAAGUAAACGAUGACCACGAGGGUCACCCGAUCCAGAGCCAAAGGUGUUGCCGCUCAGGCUGGAGAGCCUGUAACGCAGAUCAAGACGGAGACCUUGGAUCAGGAACUUCCUUCAGAGGUGAAGCCGAAAGAACGGAAGGGAAAUGGUCGGAAGAAUAUAUCGGGAAAGCGGAAGAGAGAUGACUCACCUACAGUCAAACUCGAAUCCGGAGAUCAAGAGCCAUACCAAUCUGUUCCUCCAAGCCCGAAGCGUAGAAGGAAGGAUUCGGACGGUCACGGUAUGGUUGGGAGCUCGGAGUCAAACGAAGGAAGAUCGGGUGUGGCUCAGCAUGCCACAGUUCAAUCUCCUCGUCGUAGCCGAACGCAGGCACGGGUUUUGGGUCGUAAACGAAGCAAUGCGAUUGUGCAUACUCCUCCUCGGAUUCUAAGAACAAGCCAUAUGAGGCCCAUUGUAGAUGAGCUGUUCAGGAGGAGGGAGGCAUGGUUUACAGUCGAUCUAGAAGUUGUCGCGCCAGGCGGAACUGCAAAGAAUUUGAAUCAUGUAUCAUUUUCAUCCUCUUCCGGCGUUCUGGGAUUACAGUAAAGUUAAUUGAACUUGGACUCCACGGGCUGCUAAGUAUUUCGGAUACUUGUAAAGUUGUUCUAUCCUAAUACACUUAUGUACAUAUUUUAGAACCUUGCAUUCUAGUCGUCCUAGGUAUAGACAUCUCAACCCAG